AUGGCUGAAGCCCAGCUGUUUGUAUCACAGGACGAGUUCACCUGCUCGGUGUGUCUGGACACCCUGACUGACCCGGUCUCGAUCCCCUGUGGUCACAAUUUCUGUCUGAAGUGCCUCAUGGACUACUGGGAUCAGAGCCAAGUGUGCAGCUGCCCUCAGUGCAGAGAGAACUUCACCACAAGGCCUGCUCUGCGAAGAAAUAAUCUGCUAAAUGAAGUCAUCAAGAAAUUAAAGAAGACGAAACUCAGUUCUCCUCCUGCUCUUCCGUCUCAGAAUUAUGCCGGCCCCGGAGACGUGGAGUGUGACUUCUGCACUGGGAAGAAGUUCAGAGCGGUGAAGUCCUGUCUAACCUGCCCGGCCUCCUACUGUCAGACUCACCUACAGCCUCACAAUAAAGUAGACGCCCUGAAGCACCACAAGCUGGUUGAUCCUGAUAGCAAUCUUAAGGAGAACCUCUGUGAGAAACAUCAGAAAAGUCGGGAGCUGUUUUGUAAAACUGAUGAGAUGUGUAUCUGUGUGAUGUGUGGAAUGACUGAACAUAAAAGUCAUGAAAAGGUCGAGCUGGAGACAGAAAGGCAAGAAAAAGAGAAACAGCUGGGGGCAACACUGAGUGACAUCAAGAGGAGACUUGAGGAGAGAGAGAAGACACUGAAGGAGAUGAGGAGGGCGAUGGACGAGAUGAAGAUUUAUGUGGAAAGAGAUGUGGAAGAAAAUGAGAAGAGCUUCACUGCUCUGAUACAGUGCAUUGAGGAAGCCCACAGGAAACUGACUGAGAGGAUCAGGGAACAAGAAAAGAGAGAAAUGGAGAAGACUGAAGUGGUCAUGGAGCAACUGGAGAAGGAGAUUGAGGAGCUGAAGAGGAGAGAAGCUGAGCUGAAGGAGCUUUCAGAGACCAAGGACCAUCUCCACUUCCUGCAGACUUUCUCAUCUCGCUGUGUCCUUCCUGUUGAUGGAGACUCGCUGAGCUUCACUGUCACCACUGAUUUCUCAUCUGAAGGCCUGAGAAAGGAGCUGUCAGGUCUGACAAAGAGUCUGGAGAAGAUCAGCCAAGGGGACAUCACGAAAAGGACUCCACCAGGUAAAUGUGAGUGUCUGGUGACAUUGUGUUUGUUAUUAAAGCCCAUGAGGAGGACCAGAGUGACAAUAAGAGGACACUGAAGAAGGCCUGCUCUUUAACAUUUAUCUGUUAUCCUUUCCUGUUAAGUAUUUCUUACUAUAUAGUGCCUUUCACAAUCAUUAGCUGAGUGAUGACAAACUCUAUAAAUAAUCAGCUGUGAUUAAUCAGAUGUUUUGAAAUUUUAAGUUGAAAUAUUAUACUGUACUUCUUAUACCUUUCCAUUUACUCUCUUAAAAGUAAUUUUUUCACUUAACCUUGGGAAUCUUUUUAUUUCCUUUACUUUGCUCAACUUAAGAUUAAUGAACAGAUAUGUGUUUAAAAUGGCUAAGCUGGCUA